AUGAAAGUUCUUACUCUAAUACUCACAUUUUGCAUAAUCGUUGCCUUCUCACAAGCAAGGCCAAUAGCCACUAAGCCUCAAACGAUCGAAUCUUUAAAGCUGAACCAAACCCAGCAAAAGAAAGCUGGUGGUUGUUCUUAUGGGCUCGUCAUAAGUACAAGCUGCAGUUCUCCCUUAUCUACGGCAGAUCAAAUCGAUCUUUCAUUUGGCGACGCUUAUGGCACUCAGGUUUAUGUUCCAAGCCUGAAUGAGCUUGCUUCAGGGCUAUUCGAGGCGUGCGAUUUGAAUACAUUUGAGAUAACGGGACCAUGUACCACCAACCAAAUCUGCUAUCUCUACCUAUCGAGGACUGGACCCGAUGGUUGGAUGCCAGAGAUUGCAACAGUAUCUGACUCUAUGUCCCGCACUUUUACAGUUUACUACGAUAAUUAUAUUCCUGAUGGUGAAUGGUAUGGCUUUAAUUCUUGUAUCCGUGUUUGA